AUGAACUUCCAAAUGCUUUCUUCUGUGGCUCCUGGAAACUUCACCUGGGUCACAGAGUUUAUCCUCGCCGGUGUCUCCAACCGUCCAGACCUUCAGGUUCCUCUCUUCUUCGCUUUCCUGCUCAUCUAUGGGAUGACGCUGACAGGGAACAUGGGCAUCAUCAUCCUCACCAGCGUGGACUCCCGACUUCACACCCCCAUGUACUUUUUCCUCCGGCAUCUGGCUAUCAUCAAUCUCGGAAACUCUACUGUUAUUGCCCCUAAAAUGCUGAUCAAUUUCUUGGUAAAGAAGAAAACUAUGACCUACUAUGAAUGUGCUAUCCAGCUCGGAGUGUUCGUGGUUUUCAUUGUAUCUGAGGUUUGCAUGUUAGCUGUUAUGGCCUAUGACCGCUAUGUGGCCAUUUGCAAUCCUCUGCUCUACUUGGUGGUGGUAUCACGGCAAAAAUGCUACCUUCUAAUAUCCCUUACAUACUUCUAUGCUGUAUCCACUUCUUUUGUGGCUUCAUACAGCAUAUUCUCUGUGGCUUAUUGUUCUUCCAAUGUAAUCAAUCACUUUUUUUGUGAUAGUGUCCCUCUGUUAGCACUGUCUUGCUCUGACACCUCCUCUACAGAAAUGUUGAUUUUUAUAUCAGCUGGGACUAAUUUGAUGUUGUCCAUGAUUAUAGUUGUAGUUUCUUAUUCCAACAUUGCUUUGUCCAUUGUCAGGAUGCGGUCAGCAGAAGGUAGGAGAAAGGCCUUUUCUACUUGUGCUUCACACAUCACGGCAGUCACAAUUUUCUAUGGAACACUAUUGUUUAUGUAUUUACAGCCUCAGACUAAGCACUCAUUAGACACUGAUAAAAUGGCUUCUGUGUUUUAUACACUGAUAAUCCCCAUGCUAAAUCCAGUGAUCUAUAGCAUGAGGAAUAAGGAUGUGAAGGAUGCCUUCAAGAGAUUGAUGAAAAAAUUAUGUUCUUUUAAAUCAAGGUAA